AUGGCGACUGCCCGGCCUGAGAAUGAACAGUCGCCAGCUUCGCCGGAGCAGGACAAUGCCAAUGGCCAGAAAAAGCGAUGGCGUCGCAACCGCGUCGCCUGCGACGCCUGCCAUGCCCGGCGGGUGAGAUGCGAUCGCGCAUUCCCCUGCACACGGUGUGUGGGAAGUCGCAUACGAUGUGAACUCACGCGAGAGCGCAGGAAGCGCGGACGGAUCCCCCGCAAAAACACAAACGCGAGGGCAGCGACAGGAGAAACUCUUUCUAAUCGAGACAAGACGGUGACCGCAAAUCCCCCAGAUGCAGCCAUCACGGCCACUUCGCCCUUGCAGAAUGAUUCUCCUGCGUCGAAUUUCCAUCGCUCUCCCGGCGCGGCCGAAACCGUCCUUCCCCCCCCCUCAGCACCUAGCAUUGGAGAACAGCGGUCAGUCGCAGACCUGCAAACGUCACCGAAAGAUACAGCAGCCGGGGGAAACAUUUCAGACGACUGGAUGUCCGCCUCGAAUGGCUUCCAGGCCCCAUAUUCUUACGAUCUAUUUGCAAACAUGGGCUUGUCGGACGGGCCGUUCAGCGUCCCCUUGGAGAUGAUGGGGACGGCCGAAAUCGGCGGGUAUCAGCUUCCGCGAUCAGUCUCUCGCCAGAGAAUGAAUCCUGCUCCGGGGUCAGGGACCACAGAGCCACCUCUGAAAUACCCCGUGUUGCAGCCUUUGAUGCCAUUCCUAGAGCCGUAUCUGUCCCGAAAUCUCGUCUACGAUUUGCUGGAACUCUACUUCACCAGCGCCUUCUCCACUCUCAUGCAUCCUGUCUGCCAUCACAUCCACUGCUAUGUCGUGCGCAAGGCCUCCUUCCUCAGUCGCGACAACCCACGACCCAGCAGCCCAGCUCUCCUGGCGAGCAUGCUCUGGGUCGCUGCCCUGGAUGACCGUGCGUUUGCCCUCUCCAUCUCGCCAAUGAAGCGGAGGAAGAUCUGUCAGUUUUUGUGUGCCCUGACGGUCCGUCUGCUGAGGCCGUUGAUCCACGUUUCGUUUAAAGGGGAAGACGUCACGACGGGCGAAAACGAGUACACCUCUCCCAACGCCGCUCAUGACGGCAGGACGCAUUCGUUCGAAGAAGGCGGGGAUGAUCGAGGUUUGGUCGGUCCGGCAGGUUCUCUAGACGACAUCAUUACCUACAUCCAUGUGGCCUCGAUCGUGUCAGCCAGCGAGCAAAAGGCAGCCAGCAUGCGAUGGUGGCAUGCCGCCUUCACGCUGGCGCGAGAAUUGCGGCUGAACCAGGAAGUGGAGGUUACUCCGAAUUUUGACAGCAACAGCGGCCGUCCAUUCGACUUCACCGACAGUGCGGGAUUCGGCUCCGUCUCCGACGAUCGCGGCGAAUAUGCUCGCCCGAGUCUGAACUGCGUCUGUGAUCGGACGCGCCAUCGUCCGAACAUGAUGACGGAAGAGCAUCGCGAGGAGCGGCGGCGCACCUGGUGGCUUCUGUACAUCAUGGACCGGCAUCUGGCGCUGUGCUACAACCGGCCGCUGGCGUUGCUGGAUGCCGAAUGCGAGGAUCUGCUGCUGCCCCUGGAGGAAGGGCCGUGGCAGGCGGGCGACGUGCACAGCAACAGUCCCAAGCCCGACGGCCCGCAGUGUUUGAUCUCGGGCGACAAGAACAAACGCCGCGUGUUCCCCAAUUUCGCCUGCAACGACCACUCCAUCUUUGGCUUUUUCCUGCCCUUGAUGACCAUCACGGGCGAGUUGAUCAACCUCAACCAGGCGAAGAACCACCCGAUGCUGGGCGUCCGCCUUCAGGGCAAAGAAGCCUGGGACGUGCAGGUCAGCGAGGUGCUGCGCCAGCUCGACAUUUACAAGUCAACGUUGCAGACGUUCGCCGCUUCGAGCGGGCCGGAGCCCAUCCAGCCCCAACCGCCUCCGUCACUGUCGGCCCCGAUGGUCCCCGAGCAGCCGUCCGUCGACGCGAAUUAUUCGUCGUACCAUGCCUGGCACACACAGACAGUGGUGGCAUAUGCGUCGUACGUGGUGCACGUGCUGCACAUUCUGCUGAUGGGCAAAUGGGACCCGGUGUCGUUGCUGGAGGACAAGGACUUCUGGACGUCGUCGCCGACGUUUGCGUCGACCAUCUCGCACGCGCUCGAGGCGGCGAACGCGCUGGAGCAGAUCCUGCACUACGACCCGGACGUCAGCUUCAUGCCGUACUUCUUCGGCAUCCAGCUGCUGCAGGGCAGUUUCCUGCUGCUGCUGAUCGUGGAGCGGCUGCAGAAGGAAGCGGGCGAGGGGAUCCUGAAGGCGUGCGAGGUGGUGAUCCGAGCGACCGAGUCGUGCGUCGUGACGCUCAACACGGAGUACCAGCGGAAUUUCCGGCAGGUGAUGCGCAGCGCGGUGGCGCAGGCGAGGGGGCGGCCCGUCAACCACAGCGAGAUCCGGCAUCGCAGGAAGGCGGUGCUGGCGUUGUAUCGGUGGACGAGGAAUGGGACGGGGUUGGCGUUGUAG